GAAGUCUCUGGGCCCCUCUGAAAGUGCCCCUGCCUGCUGAGAAGGCCACCCAGCCGUCUUAGAAGGCACCCCCGCCCCCUUGUACUUCCCCCUUCCUUGAGAUCCGACCUCAUUGAAAAUGCAUCAGCGCAAACAAUGACGACCAGAGCCUUCUCUUUCUGCUGCCCUUUUCGAGCCAGGUCGAUCCGUGAUGGUCCUGGGGCCCGACGUUUGGCGCAAACGCCCGUGUGCGCAGCACAGAUGCAACGCCCAGAUCUCAGGCUUUCUUGAGUCGCCCAUUUCGAUGUGGGGUCCGCCCUUGCCCUGUCUGCCCUCCGCCGCCCCAGAAGGCCCGUGGACUCGCCGGCGCCAGCGCCCUCGAAGGCCAGGUCGAGUGGAGGCGCGGGGCUCCAGGCUCGGGUCGAGGCCGCGGUGCGCGACGGCAUGCCGAUAUCCAGCGGCAACGAGCUGGUGCGGCUCUACAAGGAGUCAGGCCUGGGCGGCCAGGCGUCCCUGUCCGUCAAGGCGGCGGACGCGGACGCCGUGAGGUACAUCCUUGCCAUCACGGGCCAGCGCCUUCGCGAUCUUUUUGUGGACAAGCUGCAGAAGAUCGCUAUUGGCAGUGGUGUCCGAGUGCACUUCCCGCACUUGUACAUCAAUUUGCAGGCGCGGAAGGUGCACCCGAUGCCCACAGACGUGCAGCUACAGGUCGAGGCCAAGAUCAGGAGACUGGAGAGGUGGACCUCGCUGGAGAAAGCCCACGUGCUGAUGGCGCCCCACAAGCAGACGUUGUGCUACAUUCUUGCCUACGCCAUUACGCGAGCGAAGGAGCGCCAGCGGGCUGCCAUCUGGAUCCCCCUUGGCAUGGACACUGGAGCACAGGGCCACGCGAACGCGCUCUGCUUGCAGUCCGUCGACGGCAGCGGGACAAUGAAGGUGCUCUGCUACGACCCGAACUACAAGGAAGGGCAGACGCAUUUUGUGCACUCGAAGAAGGCCGUGGAGGACGCCCUGCCGGGCGUGCGCAAGCUGCUCAACGGCACCGGCCUGGGUGUGGCCAGCGGCUGCGAGCUCUUCGGUAACGCCAUACAGACGGCCCUAGGCACCACGGAGCGCCACAAAGGUUGGUUCUCGAGCAAGGUCACGAUCACGCAGCGAGGCUACCCGAUCUGUGGCUCCGUGGUGUUCCUGCUCGCCUCCGUGUGGCUGACCACGGGGACGGGGCCGGUGCCUGGCGACAUCGUGGAAGUAGAAGCCGCGCUGGCGGCCAUUGUGUCGUCGGGGGAGGAGGGCAAGGCGCUCGUGCAGAAGAGGAUCGCCAAAAUUCUUGACGACCUCAUCCGCAACCUCGGCUGUGACGCGUCCGACUGGAAUCGGCGAGACUGGACGCAAUCCGUGCGCGCACGCCUUGAUCACGACCGGAAGGACUGGAAGGAAUCCGCCACGUCCCGGGGCGGCAGCGUCACCGUGGGGAUCCCCGGCCGGAAGGAGUUCACGUACUCCUGGUAGAGCGCCGCGGCCGAGCUUGCCCGAGCGGCCGGCCUGGCGCCAGGCGGCUGAGGGCGGCAUCGCACUCCGCGCGCGGGGCCGCGCCUGCCCGGGGCCAGGGCGUCGGACGCUCACAGAGCGGACUUGGCAUGCGGUCGGCGUCGGAGCUCCCCUGGCUCGGCGUCCGUCGCUACCCGAGCCGGCAA